GCCUAGUUCUCAUGGUGCGGAAAAUCGCGUUGCGGGAGCGGAAUAUCGCUUUCUGUUGAAGAAAGUAAAAUUGGCCGGUUCACAUGAGGCGAGAUUCCGGAUGCGGAUUUUUAGAUAAAUUUAGGGUAUUUCAGAUUAUUUUCUAGUGAUUUUUUUUAAUGUCAGAACUUGAAAGGUGACAGUGACAAGACAAGUGUGUUUUUUAAGUAAAUAAACAAUAAACAAAAAUAUUUGUAACUUGUAUAUUAUUAUAUUAAUUUAAAUCUUAUGUGAUUAUGGAUACCAAUAUUGCUAACAAUUAUAACUACUAUCAAUGGAGAAGGCAGUACAUAGUUGGAUUAAUAUUAAUUUAUGAAUGGCAUAAAAACAAAAAGUCUUUACAAAAACAGAAUAAAAAAAGGAGAAUGUGGGUCAGAGAUAUUUUCUUAAAAAGGUCUGAGCAAGGCGAUUAUAAUAAUCUUGUGAGAGAAAUGCGGUUGGGAGAUAUUUCAAGAUAUCAUAACUAUCUGAGAAUGUCUCCAGAGCAAUUUGACUAUCUUCUGAGCAAAAUGGAGCAUGCAUUAGCAAAAAAUAAUAUUGUACGUGAACCGAUACCACCAGGAGAAAGAUUGGCUCUCACCAUAAGAUACCUAGCAUCAGGAGACAGUAUGAUGUCUAUGUCCUAUUCCUAUCGUGUGGGUAAAAGUACAGUUUCAUAUUUGGUAAAAGAAACAUGCAAAAUAAUUUGGAAAUGUUUAUGGCAAGAUUAUUUAAAACCUCCAAAUACAGAAAAGUGGAAAGAGAUUUCUAAUGAUUUUAAACGUGUGUGGCAAAUGCCUAAUUGUGUUGGAGCAAUUGAUGGCAAACAUGUGGUUAUUCAAGCCCCACCUAAUUCAGGCUCAGAUUUUUAUAAUUAUAAGGGAAGCCACAGCAUUGUUUUAAUGUCUAUAUGUGAUCCUUUUUAUAAGUUUACCUUAGUAGAUAUUGGGGCUCGAGGGCGCCAAAGUGAUGGUGGAAUAUUAAGAAAUUCUGAAAUGGGGAAAAAAUUAAUAGAAAAUCAAUUAGAAUUUCCUUCAGAUUGUCCAGUUGAGUAUGGUGGAGAAAAUAUACCAUUUUAUAUUGUUGGAGAUGAAGCAUUUCCACUUAGAACUAACUUAAUGAGACCAUAUCCAGGAAGAUUAUUAUCACAAGAAAAGAGAAUUUUCAAUUAUCGCCUAAGUAGAACUAGGAGAGUUUCAGAGAAUACUUUUGGGAUAUGGGUCGCAAGAUGGCGCAUCUUUCGUAGACCAAUAAAUACCUGCUUAGAAACAACUGAAGACAUGAUCAAAGCAACUAUAUGUCUCCAUAACUAUUUAAUGGAGGGUAGACAUGAACUUUAUUGUCCAAAAAAUUUUGUCGAUAUGGAAGAUGCAAAUGGAAAUAUUACCAAUGGGCUUUGGAGGGAAGAAGGUGACUCUAACAACGUUUAUAGUUCUACCAGGAUGGGUAGUAACAAUACUACUCUUAAUGCAGCCAAAGUGAGGAGUCAUUUAACAUCUCACUUCUUGUUUGAUGGAGCAGUUCAAUUUCAGUGGAACAAAUAAAUAAUAUAAAAUAUAAAGUAUAAAUAAUUAUGAUAAAGCAAUAAUAAUACCUAUACUUUUGUAUUCACAAUUCUUAAUUAUUUAAUUUAUGCGUUACUUUUAUAUCUAUUUUUUAAUAUUUUCUAGCCAUUUAGAUUUGGGACAAAUAAAGAAUAAAUUUCACUCAUU